GACUCGCUCUUCAAUUCCUUCACCUGUACGUGAACGGCCAUUUCUCUCUCUCUCCCUCAUCUCGCUCUCUCUCCCCUCAAUCAUUCCUCUUCCUCGGAUCGGCGAGUUGAGAAAACCGAGAUCUUUCGGGCAAAUUAUGGCGGCAGAAGACAAACACGACAGCCACCGGAGCGAGGACGGUGACGAAUCGAGUCCGCUUUUGGAGGGAAACGACGGUAAGAUGGGCUCCGAUGGCCAAACGAAGGCUGUAGCUCCGGCGACGGAGGGAUACAGUUGGACGGCGGAUGGGCUACCGCUGAGCCAUGGAAGCGUGAUGGGCGAGCCCGUCGAGAGGAACCAGUGGGAUUCGGGUCUCUUCUCUUGUCUUGGUCGCAAUGAUGAGUUCUGCAGCAGCGAUCUCGAAGUUUGUCUUCUUGGAAGCGUGGCUCCAUGUGUGCUAUAUGGAAGUAACGUGGAGAGACUCGGAUCCGCUCCAGGGACCUUCACGACUCAUUGCUUACCGUAUUUCGGAUUGUACCUAAUGGGUAAUUCUUUCUUUGGCUGGAAUUGCCUUGCUCCAUGGUUCUCUUAUCCUAUCCGUUCUGCAAUUCGCAGGAAGUUUAACCUCGAGGGGAGCUUCGAGGCACUGAACAGGUCGUGUGGUUGCUGUGGGAGCUGCAUAGAGGACGAGAUGCAAAGGGAGCAUUGUGAAACCACAUGUGAUUUCAUGACACACGUGAUGUGCCACACGUGUGCCCUUUGCCAGGAAGGUCGGGAGCUUCGACGGAGGCUGCCUCACCCUGGCUUCAAGGCUCAGCCCGUUGUGGUCGUGGUCCCUCCUCCCGAUCAAACCAUGGGCCGUCACUGAGAGAAUUUGUCCAUUGUUUGUCUAUGUAAUACAUACAUCUGUUUAAGAAAGUGUCCUAAUGUUCGAACCCUGUGGGUUAUAUGAUGUCUGAAUAAAACUCUGGUGGGUGGGUUUGGUCUGUGUUCUUUCUCAUGAAAAGAAACGCUAUAUCUUUAUUUGUUUCGUUAUGUUGUCGCCUCGAUUUGUGAUA